AAGUGAUUACCAACGUAAAGUCCCACAAUGCACUUCUUCUACCAAGAUGGCAGCCUCCAUGGGAGAGAAACUGAUGUGCAGCGAUUUGCAUGGAUAUUUGCAGACUCUUCCUUCGUCUGUUCUCGACAGAUUAUACAAUCAUCCAGCGACUUGUUUAGCUGUGUUCAGAGAGCUGCCAACACUUGCCAAGCAUUAUGUGACCAGAGUGCUUUUUGUUGAUCAGCCAGUGCUCAAAACAUCAGUGGAGUCUUGGGUACAAAAAUCGCAUCUAAUGAAACACAAGAAGGCAGUGCAGGUUUUAUCUGACCUGCGAGUGUGGCAUGACCAAACUCUUCCAGGAGGUCUACCAGGAUGGCAACUCAAUCCUAUCUUUAGAACCAAUCUCAGGAUAACCUUACUGGGAGGGGGUAAACCGUGGUCAGGCACUGGAAAAACUGCCCCAGACAAGAAUACCAAAGACAUUGAGAGCCUCAGCAAGUAUGCAAUGGAACGGUGGGAGCUUAUACUUCACUUCCUGGUUGGUUCUAAGGGGGAGGAUAGCGUGUCUGCCGACAUCGCCCACGUCUUAGUACAUUCAGGACUCAUGAAACUGAAUGAGCAUGGCAAGGCAGUCAUUACACCGUCUGGUUUCCAGUUUCUACUGUUUGACACUGCAUCUCAGGUCUGGUUCUUCAUGCUACAGUAUCUGGAGACAGCCGAGUCCCGAGGACUGGAUCUUGUGGCUGCCCUGUCAUUCCUAUUUCGUCUCAGCUUUUCAAGUUUAGGAAAGGACUAUUCCUGUGAAUUCAUGAACGAUUCUCAACUCCAGUUUCUGCAGCACCUUCGGGAACUAGGUCUGGUCUUCCAGAGAAAGAGGAAGAGUAUGCGAUACUACCCAACUAGUCUUGCAAUCAAUCUAGCAUCAGGUGUAUCCAAUGUGAGCACAGACAGUCAUCGAGAAGGUUUCAUUGUGAUUGAGACUAACUACAGAAUCUAUGCCUACACAGAGUCUGAUCUUCAGGUGGAAAUCUUAGGGCUGUUUACACAGAUGCUCUACAGAUUUCCCAAUUUAUCUGUUGGCAUAAUCACACGCGAGAGCAUCCAACAAGCUGUGUCAUUUGGCAUCAAAGCAGAGCAGAUACUCCACUAUCUCAGAACCAAUGCUCAUCCAGAGAUGCGCUCUAGGGUGCCUAUUAUUCCAUCAACCCUCAGCGAUCAGGUCAGACUCUGGGAACUGGAGAGAGACAGACUGUCCUUCCAGUCAGGAGUGGUCUACAACCAGUUCCUGUCAUUACAAGAUUUUGAACUGCUCCGAGACUAUGCCAAGGACUUGGGCGUCUUGAUGUGGGAGAGUGCUGUCUCUAGAACAUUAGUGGUGACACCAAGCGGUCACGACGACGUCAAGAAAUUCUGGCGACGACAAAAGAAAGGCCAACAGUCGUAGCAAGACAGAUGACUGUCUGUGUAUCUUGGAGUGUUUAUUUUUUCAUCACCUUUUCAGUAACUUCAAGCCAACAUCAAUAGUCUUCUUUGAAUCAUAAUGCAAGUUACAACACUAAUAAAAUCAAACAAAAGCUUCCAUGCUUACAAAAUUUCACAGCUCCUUAAUUGCAAGAAUUCACUUGAAUACAUGUAUUCGCUUGAAUGGGGGCAUGUGGCCUAGUGGUUAAAGUUUGUAGCUUCUGAUCAUAGGGUCAG